CCCAUUCCAUUCGCAUCCCCGACAAGCCAACCCUAUUCUCCGGUUUGCGCAUCUCAGGCUCCUGCGUUGCCCGAAGGAAACUCACUCAAGUAUGGACGCCGUCUCCUGCUUUGCGCCGCCUGCGCUGCUCUCCCGUUCGUUUGCGGACGCGGCCAUCGCGCGCGCGCUCCACUUUUCCCUCUCGGCCGGCUCCUCCUUCCUCCCCGAGCCGUCCAUCAUCGCAGAUCUCGGCGCCUGCUGCGCGGAAGCCAUGACGGCCCCGACCUCCUCCUGCAGCAAUAUGGCGAUGCUUCCCCCGGCGGCAGCGGCAGCGCGUUGCAGGCUGGGACCUGCGGGCGGCCGCGCCGGGAAGAGGCGGCCGCGACCGUCCAAGCGCGUGCCCACCACGUACAUAAGCACCGACGCGGCCACCUUCCGUCUCAUGGUGCAGCACGUCACGGGCGCCGAGGCCGAGCCGCAGGUCGACGCUGACGCCAGCCUCGGUGUCCUCCUGUCACCCUUCGACUUUGAUCACUUGCUACCGUUAGACCCUGCUGCGGCCGCGGCCCAAGUCGCCGCGUACGCCCUUCCGGCGGCGCCGGCGGCGGAGCAGCCGUGCUUCCCAACGCUGGACUCGUCCAACGUCAUGUACGACAAGAACUAGGUGACUUGAUCGAAAUUGAAGCUCUAUGCUCCGUAUAAGCAUCAUGAUGCAGCAUGAUGAAGGCGCCGUUGCGACUGGCCUGUUGAUGUAUUGCUCCUCCCUUUGGUCGUUGUAGAGUAGUGGGAGAUGAUUAGAGAUGUAGUCAUGCUGUAUGCAAGUGUGAGUACUACGAGUAGAGCACGCAUUAGCAGUGUAGGAAUGCAGCGAACUGUGCUAAUAUGAAUGUUCCAGGUGCUCUUUGGUCUC